AUGAAGGGCAUGUGGGGAGUUACUCUCGUCGCGAGCGCUUCGCUCGUUGGUGCGAUAUCGACUACAUCACUCACAGAAGCAGCAACUACGGUAACUGCCACGGCUGAUUCGGCACCUUCGUUGUUCCAAAAUGAGAAGGUGCAAUUGACCGAAGGCGUGCUCUCUGAUGUGUCGGCGGCCUUGCAGAAUAGCACUGUCGCUAACAUGUUCGCCUUUGCGAACGAAUCCACGGUGACCAAGAGGAGUGUCCGUCAUAGCUGCAAGGUGAUGCCCGGGGAUUUCUGGUGGCCCGUGGAUCUGGUUUGGGACAUCUUCGAUAUCUUGCUUGGCGGUAGCCUGAUCAAGACGGUGCCCCUGGCAUCCUACUGCUAUCCGGACUGGCCGCAGUACAAUGCCGCUAAGUGCGCAAGCGUCUCAGCUGACUGGCUUAACUCGAACCUGCACAUGGCCGACCCUGUCUCAAUCAUGCUGCCGCUGUACGAGGGCCGCUCAUGUCUACCAUCACCGUUUAACCAUACUGCCAGCUGCACGCAGGGCGCAUAUCCCACGUAUGCAGUGAACGUAUCCACCGUGGCUCAGAUUCAGCUAGCGGUCAACUUUGCCCGUAACUUGAACUUGCGACUAGUGGUCAAGAAUACCGGACAUGAUUUCAAUGGUAAGGCCUCCGGCAAGGGUGCCCUCUCCAUUUGGACCCACCACCUCAAGGACAAGGAGUAUCUUCCGAACUUUAAGGCUGCCAAUGGUUAUGUUGGUCCGGCCAUUAAGUUCGGCUCGGGUACCCAGGUCUGGGAGGCUUAUGAGUUCGCCAAGGCCCACGGCCACUCGGUUGUCGGCGGAGAAGCCGUCACCGUCGGUUUGGGUGGUGGCUACACUGCCGGUGGUGGCCAUUCUCCCCUUUCCAGCAUGUACGGUCUGGCGGCCGAUCAGGUCCUGGCCAUGCAAGUUGUUCUGGCAGAUGGUAGGUUCAUCACUGCCAGCUCCACUCAGAACUCGGAAGUUUUCUGGAUGCUUCGCGGCGGCGGUGGCAGCACCAUUGGAGUCGUCACUUCUUUAACAGUCAAGGCCCUACCUAAGCUGGAGACCACUACUGUGACCUUCAAUUUCACCAUCAACGACACUCCUGGUCCAGACGCCUUCUGGGCUGCUGUUGGGUCCUAUCUCGACCAUUUUGAGACUUUUGUUGAUGCUGGCACCUACGGUUACUUCUACAUUGGUGCUUCCGAGGCCAUGAUCGGUACAACAUAUGCCGGUGAUCCUAACCUCUACUUCCGUAUGCAGUCCUUCGUCGCACCAAACAUGAACGUUGCCCAAACCAAGGCACUCUUGGCUCCAUGGUUUGAUACUCUUAAAAGCCUGGGUAUCUCCUUCAAUCCGUGGUACAACCACGCGGAUAACUUCCAUGAUGCCUGGGAAGUGGCCUUCCCACAGGAAUUCGUGGGAACUGAUGUCGUCAAGACUGCUUCUCGCCUGCUCCCCCGCGGCGUCUUCCAGAGCGAUGAUCUCCGCAACCAAACCUGGGCCGCAUACAGGGACGCCGUCAACCAGGGCCUCUUCAUUGCCGGCUUCCACAUCAGCGGUACCGGCAUUGCCGCUAAGCCCCCCACAGACAAUUCAGUACUCCCCGCAUGGCGCGAUGCCCUGUCGCACGUUAUUGUCGGUUCCCAAUGGAACUUCACCUCAUCCUGGGAUGUGGUGAAGAGCAGCUCGCUCUUCGUGACUGAGUGGAUGGACGUUCUACGUGAGAUUGCCCCAGACUCAGGCGCCUACAUGAGUGAGGCCGAUCUCAUCGAGCCAAACCUCCAAGAAGCCUUCCACGGCGCCAAUUACCCUCUCCUCUAUGCUCUCAAGCAGAAGUAUGAUCCUACAGGUCUGUUCUUUGCUCUGACUGCCGUUGGUGCUGAGGACUGGGAGGUUCGGACUGUUGACCCGCUGCCCUACUCAUGGAAUAACAAUGGGCCACUCUGCCCAAAGUCUUCUUAA